CAUACCACAGUCGACUUGUUUAUUGCAUGUAACAUACAGUUUACUACGAGUGUUUGUCAUUAUGAGGGGACAAAUCAACAAUCUCCUGUUAUCAUUGACUUUUUGUUCAAACGUAUUAAUGGUGAAGAACAACUCCCUAGGAACACUAAGUUUGAAAGAGAAUUUCAUGAAUAAUAUAAAGCUACGAAAAGUAAGAAACGAUUGGAUGCCCGAGGGGUCGGGAGCUGCUGCUGGUGGCGUACUACCGCGGUUCCUUGGGAGUCCUGACGACGCUCUAAGGGCAUUUGAACAAGAAAUACCUCACUGGUACGAAUACGAUGAAGAGCCGCUGGCUUCCGCUGAUACGCUUCUGACCGACGAUGUUGGCAUAGUCAAUGGUGUUGGUUACAGAAAGGAUAAGGAGUCAAUCUUCCUUAUACACGCAAGCGCGUCCAGCGCCUACCACACGAGCGUAAGGAACAUUGUAACCGCACUGGCCCUGAGAAGGUUAAUAGAGAAUGAGUACAACGUGUUUCUUUUUGACAUGCCAAAGGUUAUGAACUUUAUGGUGGGAUCUGCUUUCAAAUCGGUAUUUAUACCUGGAAUUAACACUGAGUUACAGGAGUUGAGUCAACUUCUGGGUGACUCUUUUAUCUCAUGGAUUCGGAAGGGACUGAUAAAUGCCAAUCAGAUACAUAUUGUGGGUUUUUGCUUUUCAGCUCAACUCUCAGGAAAUAUAGGUCGAUAUGUAUCUGCUAUGAAUGGUGGAAAUAAAAUAAAAUCCAUAACAGCUUUAGAUCCAUUCUCACUUGGACUAUCCGGGUUUUUCAACAAACCCAUCUCCAAGGACGACGCACAGUUAGUGCACAUAUACCACACCAACUCAAUGGCGUUUGGAACAUUCCACCGCAGAGGCACAGCUGAUUUCAUCUUCAACAACGGUUGGACACAGCCUGGAUGUUACUUUACACUACAUGAAAGCUGCAGCCAUUGGAAGGCAUUGAAAUAUUUCUGGAACGUAAUCCUAUAUCCUGACCUGUGGGUCGCAAGGUCAUGUCCGAGCUGGUUACGUUUCAAGUUCUGCCUUUGCAAUUCCAGAGCAACCGUCCCAAUCACGUUUCCGCCUAUGGAAGGAGCAAGAGGAUCACAUUAUUUGAACACGUUGGCUCAUAAACCCUAUGGUGCUGGUCCUCAAGCAGCCAAUUGCUACAUGAGAAAAAAGGAAAAGGCUAUGCCUUAAACAAUCAAAGCUGUUAAGCAUUAAAGGGUUAUACAUUUAUUUAAGUACUAGCUCUGUACCUGUGCUUCGCAACGGAAA